UAAAUGUAUAUGGUUACUGUCUGCUGUGUAUUAGGAGUAAUUACUGGCAGCAAUUUCAUAAUUGGUAGUUUCGAUUUUAUCAAUUAUGCCUAGCAGUUCCACAUGGUUCCUAGUCCAAAUCAGAUGACAUCCCAAUAAGUCAAAAUUGUAGUUAACAUUGACAAAAAAAAGUUUGGGUCGAUCCAGAGGGUAGGGAGUUAUGGACAUUAUUUAGUACCUGCAAAUUGUGGUAAAAAAAAAUGACCCCCCAGUUUUUUUUUACGGAAAUACACGUUUUGAAGCACCAGGAAUCUGAAUCAAACACAACCUCGAUGAUGUCAGUUUGUUCGUACUCUCAUUUCCAGCUGAAUGGAUUGGAACCAUAUUUGGUACAAGUAUUCUUAGAAAUAAUAAUAAUAAUAAUAAAGUCUUUUAUUAAAUCAUGCCACACACACAAUUUAACAGGGCGAAGUUCACAUGUUGGGCUACUCACGACGAGACAACUCUGCUCGACCUAACUCUGCAUAAAAGGGCCGGUAUACUGUGUAAGCUGCGAACACGAUGUUCAAUUUUAUCGGCCACCAAUCCAAAAGGAGGACACCUCGACGAUUCCCAGUCGCUAAGCUUAAACUUAGCCAUUCCAAGCCCGUUGCUAAGUCGAUUUGAUAUCGUCUUAAUGUUAAAAGACACUUACAGAGAGGAAUGGGACCGUGCGAUAGCGAAGCACGUUUUAGACGAGAAGUUUACCGACUCGCCGGAUUCGGACACUUCAUUGUGGAGUAUGGAGAUGUUGCAGCAAUAUUUUGUGAUGAUCAAAACGAUUAAUCCCGUUUUAACGACAAUGUCCGACCAAAUUUUAGGUGCAUAUUAUCAGGCUCAAAGAAGACAAGAGACCCGUAAUAAAUCGAGAACUACAGUACGCCUUUUGGAAAGCUUAAUAAGGUUAUCCCAAGGGCAUGCGAGGUUGAUGUACCAUUCCGAGGUGCAAGUAAUGGACGCUGUAUUUGCUAUUGUGCUCAUCGAGUGCUCCAUGCAUGGAGAAUGUGCGGUGCUGUCUUUGGGACCUUUAAAUGUUCUCGAGUCCUACCCAGGCGACCCGAUGGGUCGCUAUGCUGAAAUUGUUAACGUGGUUCUUACACAGUUGGGACUAAAUCAGAUACUGCAACACGAAAUGAAUUUCAUAAAUACAAAUUAUAAGACGUCAAAUUUAAAUACACAGCGUGAUUCGUGCAAUGCCAGAGAUGACUCGCCGGAAACUUCCAGCACCUCCAAUUGCGAAGUAGAUAAUGUGCCAGAAAACACUGAUUCCGUUCCGAAAGGAUCAAAGCGGAAGACUAAGGAGCGCAAGUCUGACUCCAAUGGUUUAAAUUGUAUUCCUAGCGUUAUUGAUUCGUUCAAUUUUAACAUAGACGACUGUGAUAAAAAUUGGAGUGAAGACCCUCACUUUCCUGUCGAAAGCCAAAACACCAAGAUCAAAAAUAUUCAGAAAAAAUUCAAGUUUACAUCAAAGGCCCUACCUCGAUUACCAAAGAAUCCUAGCACAGAUGCAGCGAGUAGUGAAGCAGAAGAAAAAAUUCAAAUUUGCGCAACCACAAAUAAAGAAGUGAUGAAUGUUGAGCCAAUACCGAAAACUGUCCCAAACACUGAUCAAAACAGUGCAAAAGAAGUAGCCGUAACAAAAUCUGCCGUAGGAUUAUUGCAGGCUAGGUUUGGUUUCGAACCACGAAGUGCGCCUGCUGAAAAUAUACCAGAAACGUCCUCCAAAAGCAAUGCGGGCUUUUGCAGUAUGUUUGAAUCGGAUAAUACGGAAGAUUUCGAUUUUUUGAAUUUUGAUAUAUGAUUUAUUUAAAUACUGGUGCCUUACUUUAAAAUAAGUUCAAAAUACAUUAACAGUUCAUUCGUU